AUGGCGAGCCCCAAUCCGCCCCCGGUCAUCGUGGUGGGAGCUGGACUCGCCGGCCUCUCGGCGGCCUACUCGGCACUCCAGGCCGGCGCCCCGUCGGUGCGGCUACUCGAGCGAGCGGCCAAGCCUGGAGGCAACAGCAUCAAGGCUUCGUCCGGAAUCAGCGGGGCCCCGACAAGGUUCCAAAACGUGGCCAAAUACGGGGUUGACCACAGCUUCUGGGACGACACGGUCAAAUCCGCCGGGACCCGGCUUCAUGCCUCCGUCGCCGAGCCUAUCAGAACACAGCGACAAGGUCUCAUCUCGCUCUUGACAAACCGCUCGGCCUCCGCCAUUGACUUCCUCACUGACCUCGGGGUCGACCUCAGCGUUGUGGCACAGCUCGGCGGACAUAGCAAGCCUCGCACGCACAGAGGGGCCGGGAAGACACCGCCCGGGGCCGCCAUAGUGACCACGUUGCUCGCGAAACUGAAGCAGGCGGAGCCCCGAUUCGAGCUCGUAACCGAGGCCGAGGUCACCCAACUCCUCACCGAGGAUUCGCGGGUCGCCGGCGUCGAAUACCGCAAAGGCGGCGCCGUCCAAGCCCUCCAUGGGCCCGUCGUCUUCACCACGGGCGGCUUCGGCGGCGACACGCACGGCCUACUGGCCAAAUACCGCCCGGACCUUGGCGGCCUGCCCUCGACCAACGACCCGCGGCCGGGGACACACACGCUGCUCUCCGACGUGGGAGCCAAGCUCGUCGACAUGGAGAGCGUGCAGAUCCAUCCCACGGGCUUCGUCGACCCGGCCAACGCGCAGACCCCCAUCAAGUUCCUCGCGGCCGAGGUGCUCCGCGGCGAAGGGGGGAUUCUCUUGCACAAGGGAAAGCGCAUUGUGAACGAGCUCGAGACGAGGGAAAGGGUCAGCAAGGUCAUUAUGGACUUGCUGCCCGAAGGAGAGGGGGAGGGGGAGGGAGAGGGCGGCGAUCUGCGCCAGUGGGACGUGCAGUUGCUACUUGAUCCUGGCGCAACCGAGGCGGCGGCGGGACAUGUCGGCUUCUAUCUGUGGAAAGGGCUGGUGCAGAAGAAGAAGGUGAGAGAUCUGGAUGUGACGACGAGAGAGACGCUGCGGGAGUAUGCUGCCGUGGUGCGAGGCGACAAGAAGGAUGCGUUUGGGCGGAUCGCUUUUGGUCAUUGGAACCUCGGUGCUGAGGGUGCAGACAUCGACGAGGAUGCUGAAGUGUGUGUGGGUCGGGUGACGCCUAUCGUGCACUUUACCAUGGGCGGCGCUGUCUUCAACGAGCAGGCACAGGUUCUGGCGUCAGAGCUGGGUGAGCCGCAGAAGCCGAUUCCCGGGCUCUGGGCCGCCGGUGAAAUCACGGGUGGUAUCCAUGGGGAUAAUCGCCUGGGCGGGUCAUCGCUGCUGGAGUGUGUCGUGUUUGGGCGUAUUGCCGGAGAGCAAGCUGCACAGUCGGCUCUGAAGGGAGGAGCCUAA